AUGGGGAGAAGCAGCAGCAGCAAGCUCGUGCAGGGAGCGGCGCUGAAGCAGCUGCUGAGGAGGUGCUCCUCCAGCCUGGGGAGAAAGCAGGGAGGCGACUACGACCUGGAAGGGACUCCCAUGGACGUGCCCAAGGGCCACUUCGCCGUCUACGUGGGGGAGAAGAGGAGCCGCCACAUCGUCCCCAUCUCCUUCCUCUCCCACCCCGAGUUCCAGCUCCUCCUCCGGCGAGCGGAGGAGGAGUUCGGCUUCGACCACGACAUGGGCCUCACCCUUCCCUGCGAGGAGGUCGCCUUCCGCUCCCUCACCUCCAUGCUCCGGUGA